UCCUUUACAUUUCUACCUCAUAUGUGGAAAUCUUAUAUUUAGUGAGUGUUGUUUCUGCUGAAGGGUGUGUCUCUGUGAAGUGUGUGUGCGCAGUAAAAGAGGAGGUUUCUUAAGCAAACUAAACCCGAUUGUCCACACCCUUCUGCUGCCAACCUACCUCAUCUGCAAACAGUCAUUUGUCUAUUGUAUUUUUAGAUAUCGCACUCUUUACCAUCCGAUUUAUGUGGACUGCACUGCGGAAAUCUCUCUGAGAUCACACGCGACGAUCCUGCUGCUUCAAACCAGAAGUGCCAUCCCCAGGAAUCGGGUUGAGUGUGUUUCCACAGCAGUUGACCACAUUUUGUGUCUGAGUAGAGCUUGUUUUCAUUCUCACUUCAACAAUGUAUCAAGUCGCAAGGAAGCUGUUUUUCACGGACUGCCAGUGUGCAGAAGAUACGUCGAAAUCGUACGAUGAUCUGUUCGCCAAGCUGGACACCAACAAAGAUGGAAAAGUGGAUGUGUCCGAGCUGAAGGCAGGCCUGGCUGCUUUGGGAUUCAAGACUGGGAAAGGAGCAGCUCAGAAAAUAGUUUCCUCUGGAGACCACGACAAAGAUGACGGGCUCGACUUCAACGAGUUCUCCAGCUACCUAAAGGAACACGAGAAGAAGUUACGACUCACCUUCAAGAGCUUGGACAAAAACAAUGAUGGUCGAGUUGACUUCAUGGAGAUACAGCAGUCACUUGCUGAUCUGGGACUGGACAUCAGCAAAGAGGAGGCGCAGAAGAUCCUUCAAAGUAUCGAUGUGGACGGCACCAUGACUUUGGACUGGAAUGAAUGGAGGGAGCACUUCCUGUUCAACACAGCCACCAACCUGCAGGAGAUUAUCCGCUACUGGAAGCACUCCACGGUGCUGGACAUUGGCGAUAGUCUCUCUAUCCCAGAUGAGUUCACAGAGGAGGAGAAGACGACCGGCAUGUGGUGGAAGCAUCUGUCAGCAGGGGCCAUGGCCGGCGCCGUGUCCCGUACAGGAACCGCCCCGCUGGACAGGAUGAAGGUGUUCAUGCAGGUGCAUUCUUCCAAGAGCAACAGAAUCAGCCUGAGUGGUGGUUUUAAGCAAAUGAUAAAAGAAGGAGGCGUGGCGUCUCUGUGGAGAGGAAACGGCAUCAACGUACUGAAGAUUGCCCCUGAAACUGCCAUUAAGUUUAUGGCCUAUGAGCAGUUUAAGAAGCUGCUGUCCAGUGAACCAGGAAAGGUCAAGAUCCACGAGAGGUUCCUGGCUGGAUCGCUGGCUGGAGCCUCAGCACAGACUGUCAUCUACCCCAUGGAGGUGAUGAAAACCCGUCUCACCCUGAGGAAGACCGGACAGUACACGGGAAUGUUUGACUGUGCCAAGAAAAUCCUGAAGAAAGAGGGAGUGAAGGCAUUUUACAAAGGCUACGUUCCCAAUCUUCUGGGCAUCAUCCCCUACGCUGGUAUAGAUCUGGCAGUGUACGAGAGCUUGAAGAACUUAUGGUUGGCCCGCUACGCCAAAGAUUCAGCUAACCCCGGCAUUCUGGUGCUGCUUGGCUGUGGUACCUUAUCCAGCACGUGUGGCCAGCUGGCCAGCUACCCCCUGGCUCUGAUCCGCACCAGGAUGCAGGCACAAGCUUCUCUUGAGGGCUCAGAGCAGUUGCCCAUGAACCUGAUGGUGAAGAAGAUUCUGCAAAAGGAAGGCUUCUUUGGACUUUACCGUGGCAUCCUGCCCAAUUUCAUGAAGGUCAUACCGGCUGUCAGCAUCAGCUACGUGGUGUAUGAGCACAUGAAGUCUGGCUUAGGUAUUCAAAAGUAGGCAGCGGAUACACCUGUGACUGUGUGUGUCCGUGAGAGUGUGAAAGGAUGUGCAGCAAAUUUCAUUUUGUACAUUUCGAAACCCGUCCUUUCUAACAUAUUAGUGACACUCGUCAUGUAAAGAAUGUGUUUACCUGUCGGUCACCAAAGUCUCAAACCGCUGCAGAUGGAGCCAGUGUAGAAGUUUCUUAAGUGAUUGCAGGACUUUGGCUAAACUGUUGAGCCAUUAUUCAAAGGAAAAAGUUUCUCACACACAGGGCUUAUAAUGAUAAUUAAUAAGACUUCUACAAUGUUUCCCGCUGUAUGUGAUUUGUCCAGCCUGCGUUUAUGAUGCACCCACAGAGGUGAAUACUAAGAUUCUGAAAACCAAAAAACACUUGGAGAGGUAUUUUGAUUUUAAAUGUAUUUUUGUUUUGUUUAAUUGUUUUUGGAAUGACAAUGUUUUUGUAUAAGUCACUUUAAGUAUGGGUUCUGUACCGAAAUGCACCGGCAAGUUCCAGAACGUGGAGCACUUGCUGUAGUGGGAUAAUUAGGAUAUUUUUUGCUAUCUUUAUCUUUUUAAAAUUAUUAAAAGUAGACGCACCAAAGGAAUAUGGACAUAUUUCACUUAUUUAGACACUCGUCCAGCUUUAUUAAAUUACCCAACAUAUUGUGUAAUAUUGUGUGAGUGGAGAGUUGUUUCACCUAGACAUUUGAGGAAACUUUUAAGUGCAAUACUGUAUUCACACUAAGGUGAUUCACAUGCUGGUUUGUUUGGGACAGGCAUGUCCUUUUGGGAAUUAACUUGUGCAGGUGUGGUGAGAGGAGAGUAAUGUGCCUUAUGCGCUUUUUCUCAGAUAUCUGAACUUCUCCACUCCAUUUUGUCUCGCCUUUCUUUCCAAUAUUUGGUUCAUUAGAUGCUGGUGUUUACAUUAAUAAAGACAUUUGAAUACAAAA